UACACACCUAUAUAUAUAACGCAAACUCUCUCAUAGAUUCACCUUCAACCAAGCUGCGCCUCCUCAAUCUUCCAGAAUUUCUAGGGUUUAAUCAGAGACCGGCGCUCACAACAAUGGUUCUUCAAAAUGACAUUGAUCUGUUGAAUCCACCUGCUGAACUCGAAAAGAGGAAGCACAAACUCAAAAGACUUGUUCCUUCCCCUAAUUCCUUCUUCAUGGAUGUUAAGUGCCAAGGCUGCUUUAACAUCACAACUGUAUUCAGUCACUCCCAAACCGUUGUUGUUUGUGGUAACUGUCAGCAGGUGUUGUGCCAACCAACUGGUGGGAAAGCAAGACUAACAGAGGGAUGCUCCUUCAGAAAGAAGGGAGAUUAGUUAUGAAUCUAUUAUGUUUUUUUGAGAUUUAGUUUUAAUGAAAUUUUGGGGUUGGAUUUGAUUAUGACUAUAUUUUAAUUUUAAUUACAAUGUAUUGAAUGAUUCAGUGGAACUCGUUUGUUUUGUGUUUAUGCAUUUGUUAUCUUCAAGUUGAAAGGAUUUUUGAGUA